UAAGAUUCCAAAAGGCCCACCAUUGUUUAUUUACAUGUCAGCUCCCUUCGCCGGCGCUUAUUACCACCGUUACCCUCGCCGCCGGUUAGAGAAAAAUGGCGGCGUAUCACCAACCGUACGAUCCUUACUACAUCUUCAACCCUCUUCUUCCGCCUCAGCUUCCCCAGUUAGCCGAUGAACCUGGGGCGAUCAACACACUCUUCGUCUCAGGCUUGCCUGACGACGUAAAGGCUCGUGAGAUCCACAACCUCUUCCGUCGCCGUCCCGGGUUCGAGUCUUGUCAGCUCAAAUACACUGGACGCGGCGACCAGGUUGUUGCAUUUGCAACGUUCUCUAGUCAUGGAUUCGCUAUGGCUGCAAUGAAUGAGCUAAAUGGUGUGAAGUUUGAUCCUCAAACAGGUUCAACUCUGCAUAUAGAAGUAGCUAGAUCAAACUCUAGGAGAAAAGAAAGGCCUGGAAGUGGGCCUUAUGUCGUAAUUGAUAACAGAAACAAGGAACCAUCUAAAUCUCAGGACGACCAGAGUGAAGGGGAAAGUGAUCCUGAGGAGCCGCAUGAGCCCGGAAAUAGCAAUUCUCCUAAGGAAAAUGAUGAUACAAAAAGCGAAGUGGACUCUGAUCAAGAUAGUAAACCGCCACCUACUAGUGGGAGUUUGGAAAAAGCAUCUGAAGGAGGUUCUGGUGCUGGACCAUGUUCGACCUUGUUUAUAGCCAAUCUAGGGCCUAAUUGUACAGAAGAUGAACUCAAACAACUCCUGUCUAGAUAUCCUGGUUUCAAUAUCCUGAAAAUCCGAGCAAGAAGCGGAAUGCCAGUUGCUUUUGCUGAUUUUGAGGAAAUCGAACAAGCUACUUAUGUCAUGAAUGAUCUACAAGGCAACCUCCUAUCUUCUUCAGACCGAGGCGGCAUGCAUAUAGAAUAUGCAAGAUCCAAGAUGAGGAAACAGUAGAAGCCCUCACUUCUGAGAACGAGAUCAUAAGCAAAGGAACCUGUGUUUCUUAUUUUAAGCCUCCACUUAUUAUUUGUUGUCAUAAAGAUGGAUCUUCUAUGCUGAAACUUUGAAACAUAUGUGUAUAGCCCAAGAUUAUUAUUUAUGUUUUUAUCAAAGCUAAAGAUUAUUUAAGACUCCAAGAU